CCCGAGAUCGCGUUUUGCCGGGGCGAUGCUCUCCUAGAAGCCGCGCCGCGCCUCCGCCCCCCGCCCCCCACCUGCUCGGGCGGGAUGGUACAGUCUGCAGAGGCACCGGGCACGCUGGCUGGGCUCAGCCGCGGCACCAGCUGCCGCACCGCGAUUCCGGGGCUGCCCGCCUGUAAACCAUGCCGGAUUUGUGCUGAUUUUCCUAGCCAAGAGCCACCACCCCUGACCAUGUAGAUGCCAGCUCCAGGGAGCAGCAUGGGCCCUGCUGAAUGGAGACUACUGGGUCUACAACCCUGAGCCCCUCUGGCCCCUGGACUUCACCCUGCACCCAGGGACACCCCUUGGAGUUCACCACUGCUGUUGUCAGCCCACCUCAGCCUCCUCCUCCCCCUGGGACCCGGAGUCGGCCACCAGGAGCCACAGACAUCCAGUGAGGUUGUGCUGAGGACAGCCACACAGAGCCAUCAUUCAGAAGCCUCUUGUCCACCUCUGACCCUCGGGCCCACCCCGAGCAGGAACUGUGGCAAACAUGGGUGACAUGACCAACAGCGACUUUUACUCCAAAAACCAAAGAAACGAGUCGGGCCAUGGGGGCGAGUUUGGGUGCACGAUGGAGGAGCUCCGCUCCCUCAUGGAGCUGCGGGGCACUGAGGCUGUGGUCAAGAUCAAGGAGACUUAUGGGGACACUGAAGCCAUCUGCCGGCGCCUCAAAACCUCACCUGUCGAAGGUUUGCCAGGCACCGCUCCAGACCUGGAAAAGAGAAAGCAGAUUUUUGGACAAAACUUUAUACCUCCAAAGAAGCCAAAAACCUUCCUGCAGCUCGUGUGGGAAGCGCUGCAAGAUGUGACGCUGAUCAUCCUGGAAAUCGCCGCCAUCAUCUCCCUGGGGCUGUCCUUCUACCACCCACCUGGCGAGAGCAACGAAGGAUGCGCCACUGCCCAGGGUGGGGCAGAAGAUGAAGGGGAAGCGGAGGCAGGCUGGAUCGAGGGAGCUGCUAUCCUCCUUUCAGUCAUCUGUGUGGUCCUGGUCACGGCCUUCAAUGACUGGAGCAAAGAGAAGCAGUUCCGGGGUCUGCAGAGCCGCAUCGAGCAGGAGCAGAAGUUCACCGUGGUCCGGGCUGGUCAGGUGGUUCAGAUCCCUGUGGCGGAGAUUGUGGUUGGGGACAUCGCCCAAAUCAAAUAUGGUGAUCUCCUCCCUGCUGACGGCCUCUUCAUCCAGGGCAAUGACCUCAAGAUUGACGAAAGCUCCCUGACAGGGGAGUCUGACCAGGUGCGCAAGUCUGUGGACAAGGACCCCAUGCUGCUGUCAGGGACCCAUGUGAUGGAGGGCUCUGGACGGAUGGUGGUGACCGCUGUGGGUGUGAACUCCCAGACUGGCAUUAUCUUCACCCUCCUGGGGGCCGGCGGUGAGGAGGAAGAGAAGAAAGACAAGAAAGGUGUGAAGAAGGGGGAUGGCCUUCAGCUACCAGCGGCCGAUGGUGCGGCAGGUUCAAAUGCUGCAGAUAGUGCAAAUACCAGCCUAGUCAAUGGUAAAAUGCAGGAUGGCACUGUGGACGCCAGCCAGAGCAAAGCCAAACAGCAGGAUGGUGCGGCCGCCAUGGAGAUGCAACCCCUCAAGAGUGCUGAGGGUGGUGACGCUGAUGACAAGAAGAAAGCCAACAUGCACAAGAAGGAGAAGUCGGUGCUCCAGGGCAAGCUCACCAAGCUGGCUGUGCAGAUCGGCAAGGCAGGCCUGGUGAUGUCGGCCAUCACGGUGAUCAUCCUGGUGCUCUACUUCACCGUGGACACCUUUGUGGUCAACAAGAAGCCGUGGCUACCCGAGUGCACGCCCGUCUAUGUGCAGUACUUUGUCAAGUUCUUCAUCAUCGGCGUGACCGUGCUGGUGGUCGCUGUGCCCGAGGGGCUCCCUCUGGCCGUCACCAUCUCGCUGGCCUACUCUGUGAAGAAAAUGAUGAAGGACAACAACCUGGUACGCCACCUGGACGCCUGUGAGACCAUGGGCAACGCCACGGCCAUCUGCUCAGACAAGACGGGCACACUGACAACCAAUCGCAUGACAGUAGUGCAGGCCUAUAUCGGUGAUGUCCACUACAAGGAGAUCCCUGACCCCAGCUCCAUCAACGCCAAGACCAUGGAGCUGCUUGUCAAUGCCAUUGCCAUCAACAGCGCCUACACCACCAAGAUUCUGCCUCCGGAGAAGGAGGGUGCCCUGCCUCGGCAGGUGGGCAACAAGACUGAGUGCGGCCUGCUGGGCUUUGUGUUGGACCUGAAGCAGGACUACGAGCCCGUGCGCAGCCAGAUGCCAGAGGAGAAGCUAUACAAAGUGUACACAUUCAACUCCGUGCGCAAGUCCAUGAGCACAGUCAUCAAGCUGCCCGACGAGAGUUUCCGCAUGUACAGCAAGGGCGCGUCUGAGAUCGUGCUCAAGAAAUGCUGCAAAAUCCUCAACGCAGCAGGUGAACCCAGGGUCUUCCGGCCCCGUGACCGGGAUGAUAUGGUGAAGAAGGUGAUCGAGCCCAUGGCCUGUGAUGGGCUCCGCACCAUCUGUGUAGCUUUCCGCGACUUCCCCAGCAGCCCCGAGCCUGACUGGGAUAAUGAGAAUGACAUUCUGAACGACCUCACUUGUAUCUGUGUGGUGGGCAUCGAGGACCCUGUGCGGCCUGAGGUCCCAGAAGCCAUCCGAAAGUGCCAGCGGGCAGGCAUCACAGUCCGCAUGGUCACCGGCGACAAUAUCAACACAGCCCGGGCUAUCGCCAUCAAGUGUGGCAUCAUCCAUCCUGGGGAGGACUUCUUGUGCCUUGAGGGCAAAGAGUUCAAUCAGAGGAUCCGCAAUGAGAAAGGAGAGAUUGAACAAGAGCGAAUCGACAAGAUCUGGCCAAAGCUACGGGUGCUGGCUCGCUCCUCCCCCACCGACAAGCACACCCUGGUCAAAGGCAUCAUCGACAGCACACACACCGAGCAGCGGCAGGUGGUAGCUGUGACAGGCGAUGGCACCAAUGAUGGUCCUGCACUCAAGAAGGCAGACGUGGGCUUUGCCAUGGGCAUUGCAGGCACAGACGUGGCCAAGGAGGCCUCGGACAUCAUCCUGACAGACGACAACUUUAGCAGCAUUGUCAAGGCAGUGAUGUGGGGCCGCAACGUCUAUGACAGCAUAUCUAAGUUCCUGCAGUUCCAGCUGACAGUCAAUGUGGUGGCUGUGAUUGUGGCCUUCACGGGUGCCUGCAUCACGCAGGACUCCCCUCUGAAGGCUGUGCAGAUGCUCUGGGUGAACCUCAUCAUGGACACGUUCGCCUCACUGGCGCUGGCCACUGAGCCGCCCACCGAGACCCUGCUUCUGAGGAAACCAUAUGGCCGCAACAAGCCCCUCAUCUCGCGGACCAUGAUGAAGAACAUCCUGGGCCACGCCGUCUACCAGCUCACCCUCAUCUUCACACUGCUAUUUGUUGGUGAGAAGAUGUUCCAGAUCGACAGUGGGAGGAAUGCACCCCUACACUCACCACCCUCAGAACACUACACCAUCAUCUUCAACACCUUCGUCAUGAUGCAGCUCUUCAACGAGAUCAAUGCCCGCAAAAUCCACGGCGAGCGCAAUGUGUUUGAUGGAAUCUUCCGGAACCCCAUCUUCUGCACCAUCGUGCUGGGCACCUUUGCCAUCCAGAUAGUGAUCGUGCAGUUUGGGGGGAAGCCAUUCAGCUGCGCUCCGCUGCAGCUGGACCAGUGGAUGUGGUGCAUAUUCAUCGGGCUAGGAGAGCUCGUCUGGGGUCAGGUCAUUGCCACCAUCCCGACCAGCAGGCUCAAGUUCCUCAAGGAGGCAGGCAGGCUCACGCAGAAGGAGGAGAUUCCGGAGGAGGAGCUCAAUGAGGACGUGGAAGAGAUAGACCACGCUGAGCGAGAGCUGCGGCGGGGCCAGAUCCUAUGGUUCCGAGGCCUGAAUCGGAUCCAAACCCAGAUUGAAGUAGUCAAUACUUUCAAGAGCGGGGCCUCCUUUCAGGGGGCCCUGCGGAGACAGUCCUCCGUCACCAGCCAGAGCCAGGACGUAGCCAAUCUCUCUAGCCCUAGUCACGUGUCGUUGUCCAAUGCUCUUUCCUCUCCGACCAGCCUUCCUCCUGCUGCAGCUGGGCGUGAAGGGCUAGAGAACCCUGGACACAGAGUUCAGCAAGAGAGAGUGAAAUUAAAAGAGAUCCGCGUCGUGAAGGCGUUCCGUAGCUCUCUCUAUGAAGGUCUAGAAAAGCCUGAGUCUCGAACCUCCAUCCAUAACUUCAUGGCUCACCCUGAAUUCCGGAUCGAAGAUUCACAGCCCCACAUCCCCCUCAUUGACGACACUGACCUGGAAGAAGAUGCCGCACUCAAGCAGAACUCGAGCCCGCCGUCAUCGCUCAACAAGAACAACAGCGCCAUUGACAGCGGGAUCAACCUGACGACCGACACAAGCAAAUCAGCUACCUCUUCAAGUCCAGGGAGCCCCAUCCACAGCCUGGAGACGUCGCUUUAGCUGAGGACCCCGCCGCCACCCACCUCCCGGGCACCCGCCCAUCCAGGCACCCGACUCACUCAAGCAGCAACGAGCAACAACAGGAAACCAAAUACUGGCGAAAACCGUUUCCACCCAACAGACCCUUUUUCUGGCUGCGAUGCUGUUUGAACUCUUUUUCACUUUGAGGCUAGGGGCGGGAUCUCCUCCCGGGGCUUCAGGGAGUGAGUGAUUUCCCCAGAACAAGCCCUUCCUGGCUCCUGCCCACACAUGGACCAGCCAUGCACCCGCCCAGCCGCCAUGUCCCCUGCAUGAAUGUACUGUACACUUCCAGUCCUCCCCUUGUUUGGUUUUGGGGGGUUGGGGAGGGUUUUUUGUUUGUUUUCUUAGGCGGGAACUGCAAACAGACUUUUCUGAGACUAUUUAUCCAAUUCACUGGUCUGUGAGUUUUUGAAAUGCUUGCAAAGCAUGGUCUCAGUUGUAUAGGUUAAUUUAACAACUUUUUGAAAUUGCAGAGCUUAACUCGCCUAGUAGAUUUGCACCAAUGGAACCGAAGAACUUCAUAGACACUCACAAGGUUAUAUCCAUUUCUUUAUAUCUAUAUCAACGUAUACUUAUUCAAGACUGUAUACGUCCAUAUAGAUAGGUAGAUAUAUAUAUAUAUAUAAAUAUAUAUACAUGGAUAUAUAAAGUUUCUUUGCCGGCAUGUUGCCUUGUUUCCGCUUAAAUUGCUCUAUUUUAACUUAUUUAUGUCCUAAAAGAAGAAUGUAAUUUGUUUACAAACCUGUAGAUAACGUCUUUGGCUAUUUGUACGGUUUAAGAACUCUGGUGGUUGAGAUGCUGCAAAAACAGCUCAGCCCAACAGACACUUCCCUGGAUUGCAUCCUUGAUGUUUUACAAUAGCCAUGCUCUGGUUUUUGCCUGCUAUUUCUGUUCAAUAACGUCACUACCAUGAGAGGCUCAGGCAGAAGCCAAAUGCUACCAGGUCUCCAACCUGAGGGGUUUAACACCAUGCUCCGUAGACAAAGGGAGAGGAGAGAGAAGGCUUCCUGGGCUUGGAACCCCAAAGGCCAUCCUGGUCCAGAGAUGAUGGGAUUCACAAAGCAGUGGGUGAAGACUUUUCUCUCAAUGAAACUCACUUGGGUUUACUAAGAGCAUUUCAAAAAGAGGUUCUCUUUGGCACUGUCUGUAUAGAGAUUGAGGUAGUGUUGUAAUAUUAUAAAUGCUAUUGUGUUGAUUUUUUAGUUAGUAAUUUAGAGGUUUAUUUCCUUAUAAAUUGCAGCAUAUGAGCUGUUGGCAUAUUGGAUGAGGAUCGUUAUGGCUUGCUGCUUUUAUUUUUAUUUUCAAAGAAGAAUAGCCUUUUUCUCUGCACUAUUUAGAUCCGAACAAACCUUAUGAUGUGUAUAUUGAGAUGUAUUCAGUGUGAUUUUUAAACCAAAUUGUCUUCCUGUAGUCGCAAUAUAUACUGUAGCCUUUUAACAGCAAGUCUUGCUUUCCCAACAGAAAGCCAUUCUGAAACCCUACAGUAUCACAGGUGAGAAAAGGAGGUUAUUUUUCCCUCAAGACAAUUACAGCACUAGUAAUCCCACUUAAUAAGAGCUUAUUUAAUUGUAUGUCAGCCUCUUAACUGCUAAGCACUUUGUGGGUAUCAGCUUUUUUCAUAAAAGAACUUUUGUAUUUAAUACAAAGUUUGCUUUGAGACUUUUCAGCAUACAAUCUUUUUCCAUAAAAUUGUACAGUGCAAAAGACAUUUUAAUACCAUGAUCAAUGACGUCCCAUGCUUCAAGGAAAACCAAACACUUUCCGCCUCGCUUGUGAAAUUCAUCCUCAUACUGACCCUUCCCACGGUUGCUCUGUGUCAGCCCCGCCCCUUCCCUUCUCCGGGCCCAGAAAACUCUUCCACACACAAGAUGAGAGCCACUCGGGAAAAGAGCCAUAGUCAGCUGGGAGGGCCUACAUCUGGAUGGCUGUGGAGAAACCUAAGGGUUUGGAAUCCCAAGUCAGCCCAUCCCACCUGGCAAAACCUUCCUGGAAGGAGGACCUUCUUUGCGCAAGAGCAUCACCUGAAUGUCAUGAAGAAACCUUUCCAAAUGUACCGAGCAGAGGAAACUGCAUCCCCAAAGGGGUGACCAGCCAUCAGAUAGGCUUAUUGGAUUCCAGUACAACACCACCAAAAGCCAGCCCACUGCUCUCCUGCCUGCCAAGAAUGGAAAGACCUGCACGUGGGAAUCAUGGGGCAGCCUUGGAACAUGGUGGUUGUGAUUUUUUUUGUAGUUUCCUUUCUCAAGGUUUUCCAUCUUCCCCCUUCUUUGUUCCCAUCUUGUGUCCCUGACCUCAUUCCAUGACACCAGGAAACUUGUCCUUGCACACUAUGCUCCCUGUUUACUUGGAGCCAGGAUGCAGGGAAAAGAGGAGAUUCUCUGGAUCACAGCUUGGAGAACAGGGAGUGAUGGGAGCUACCAAGAAUGCCUCACAUUAGUGUUGGUCUUUUCUUGUCAGGAUCAGUGGAUGCUCACACACACACACACGCACACAGGCACACACAUCCACACACACAGGAAAUGAUUGGUUUGUCAAAAGUCACUGUAGUACAUAAAGCUUGCACUCUGUGUCCUAUAUCUAGCAGCAUGGGGUACGUUUGGCAGUUCACCCCAUUAGGGGGUAAAUAAUUUAUGACCAUUCAUCUGUUUUUACGAAUUUUUUUAUCUAGACAAUAAUUGUAAAUAAAGAACUCACCGUCUCUGUUCAUUUAAUACUAUGCAAUGCUUUCAAUUGCUGAUUCUUCUUACUCCCACAGUGUGGUUCUGAAAUGUUUGUGGUUUAAAAAAAAAGAAGGCAAGAAACCCACAUCAAGCAGAACACAGUAAAUAUACAUUCUGUAACUAAUCCUUUUUUGGGACCUCACCAUCCACUUAGCUUCUUUCCUGUCCUCUGAACCAGGCCUGCAGGAGAAGGUUGCAGAUUCAGUUCUGAUAUCUAAGCUCACUAACUUGUCUCCCUCGACAGAUGAGGGAUGAGCAGAGGGCCCACUCAGUGACCACUGUGGCUGUAGAAUCACCCACCUUUGGAGGCGGGCAGGAAGGAAACUGAGGAGUUUCCUCCCUGCAGCUCAGUCAGCACUUUUCCUGACUCAGAAGCAGCCUUCAUUGCACCCACCAACCCAUCACCAUGGCCCUUUGCCCCCUUGUGCCAACCAGAACAUAGAAUUGGCAAGAGGGAGGGUGCCCUGCUUCUGAGACCAGACCAAGGACAAUGACUGCAGUGGCACAAGGACUCUGGACCUGUCUUAUCCUGGGUAUCCCAGUUAAUGAAUAGCCACUCUUUUCCCCAACUAUGUUGAAAUGUCAUCUUUACCACACACUGACAGCUGAGACAGGCUUGGGUCUAUUUCUGGAAUUUCUCUUAUGUUCUCUUUCUGGGUGUCUCAUCUGGCACCAGCCACACAGUUUUAAUUAUUGUUGGUUUAUAUAAUGUUUUUACGAUGUGGUGGGAUAAGUACCCUUCACUCUUUUUUGAAUCAAAAUUUCCAGGUUAUUCUCUCAUAUCUAUUCUUCCCAGUAAACCUUAAAAUUUUGCAAGUACUCCACCCACCUGAAAUACUGAGCUCUGUCAUUCUGUGUGCAAACAUAUUCCAGCCAUUGUUAAGUACUGUCCACUCAGGGUCACUAGAGUGUCCUGUAAUGAGAAACAAAAGGGCAUCCUGAAUCUUGAGGGAAGCCCAGCAUUCAUUUCAUACUCUCACUUGCUCCCUAAGCCAGGGUAUCAUUAGGAGAGGCCAUCAACCCCUCCCCACAACCCCAGUUUGGGACCCCAAAUCACCUACCUUGGUUGUGCUAGGGUGGAUCCUUCAUCUGCCCUGGUCCAGACAAGAAAGAAGGGUCUCUCCCAGACCUGGAGCUACCAGAAUGUGUGGCUCAAUUGUUUAUUUCUAAUUCUCCUUAUGGAGAAAUUAUUAUUUCUGUCUCCCUUUCCUGAACUGCUUUUUUUUCUCUCUCUCUAAAACUCUUUAAAGUUUUCAGCGGUUGUGUGAUACGUCCUUUGGGAUGCAGCAAUUUCUUGCCUGGAUCUUCUCACCACCCUGACUCCCCCUACCUGCUCUUGCUCUUCUUACAGGAGGCUGUCAACUGGGCUCACUGUGACAUGCCUCCCAUCCAAAACUCUCUCCAUAGUGUCCAAGACCCCACCAUUAGAAGACCGGGAGGGAAGGUGCAUUUUUUUGAAGGCUUUUCGGUCUUCCAGAGCCAAGGCCUAAAUCAGACAACAGCAGAAAAUCCCCUGGUCCUUCCCAAGUUCCAAAGCAAGCCCUCUUGAUUUUGAUGUAGACAUCCUAUUUCCCCAAUUCAGGGGAGGGGUAUCCUAAGCCCUGGGUAUCAGCCAUCACCCCCUCCACUGAAAUGAGAUAUCUGAGGCUGCUUUGGGACUACCCUUCUCAGCCCCCUACGUCUGUUUUGUAAUGCCUGUGGUGCUCUCCCUCCGAACCUUUCCUCUCGGGGGGUCGCCACACUUUGCUAACUCUCGUGUGCACAUAUUUUAUAACAGAGUAGUGAGGAAAUGGUGCCGCCUCCAGCUUCCACAAGCUGCCCAGGCUCUGGGGGGUUCUGGGACAAUCGGGGCUGGGAAGUGACUGUGCUCUUAUUGUACACUCUUUAUUUCUCUGUAUCUCUGGCUUGUGCUUUUUGUAAUUAAUGGGAUUUGUCUGCCUUUUCAACACUAUACUGAGCAAUAACAAUAAAUGCACA